AUGCUGGAUACAAGCGUUGAAGUAAAUGGCAAUAUAUUCGGUCCGAUUGAGCAGGCGCUCGAAGACGAGACCAUUGGAGUUACAGGUCCAUUUGGACUGCGGACUACAGACAUGCACCAUUUCCACGACGGAGAGGGUGAGAGCGGGGAUAUGGAUGCGAUGCAAGCCUAUUGCUUUGCCUUCAGGCGAGAAAGGCUGAAGGAAGUUGGAUUGCCCCGUCAGGCAUUCCGAUUCUAUCGAAACCUGGAUCUCGACUUUAGUUUCCAAUUCAAAGCACAAGGGUAUAGAAUUGUUGCGAAUCCGGAGUUACAAGUUGGGCAGCAUGAACAUCGAGUCUGGUCAGAGUUGGCAGAGGCAGAGCGAGACGAACUCAGCCGCAAGAACUACGGUCGAUUCCUAGACAGAGGAGACCGCUUGAUUGAAAUAGCCCAGUCCAUUACAGGGCUUUGGAUCCAACUUUUAGUCGCCGCCGGCGUAAUUCUUUUUGCCUCAAACUUUCUAGCCAAAUCCGCCGAUGUAAUCGCAUUGAGAACCGGCUUAGGACGCUCCUUCGCUGGCGUGGUGCUGCUCGCCACAGCGACAUCGCUUCCGGAGCUUGGCACGGGGGUUGGCGCAAUCACUUUGGUUAACGCUCCUGACCUCGCUGCCGGCGAUGCCUUCGGUAGCAACCUGUUCAACCUGUUCAUAAUCGGCAUCCUGGAUUUAUUCUGGCGCAAUACCAAUACGCCAAUUCUGAACAGCGUGAGCACGACUUCGGUCUUCGUGGGCAUCCUUGGCAUUCUGGUCAUCUCCAUAACCAUUCUUGCCGUUUACUUCCACGAACACCUGCCGAAGGACGCUUUGUCAGGAUGGUUUGUCAGCCCGAUCACCAUCAUUCUGCUCAUUUUCUUCCUGUUUUCGAUGUACCUGAUAUACCGGGUCGCGCGGAUCGAUGAACAGGGAGAAUCUACCGACCAGAACUACGAAUCAGAGAGUCUCCUGCGCGCUGCGAUAACCUAUGCUAUGGCUGCGGUGGCUAUUAUCGGCGCGGCGGUAUGGCUGGCAAAGACAGGGGAAGGCAUCGCGCAUGCCAUGAACUGGGAGGCGAGCUUUGUUGGGACACAAUUCCUGGCAUUCAGCACAUCAUUGCCGGAGUUGGCAGCUUCGCUUGCGGCACUGCGCAUCAACGCCCCGGAACUGGCAAUAACCAACCUUCUCGGCAGUAACCUGUUCAAUAUGGGCUUUAUUCUCACGAUGGACGACUUGGUGCUGGUUGGCAGACCAUUGUGGUCUUCAAUAUCGCCGAUACACGAGGCGACGGCCAUCUUCGCCAUAGUCAUGACCAGCAUAGUAUUGAUCGGCCUUAUGGUGCGCAACAGAAGGCGUCCGUCCAGAUUCGUCACCUUUGAAUCGGCGGCGCUGAUCGGGCUAUACAUCCUUGCCAGUGCGUUUGUCUUCCGGUUCGCAACGUGA